GCAGUACACAUCUGUACGAGCCACUUUACAACACAACUUUUAAUAGCUGCUGUGCGUCCAGCCUGUCCACCGAAUCCAGAGACCGAGACAUUUUCCUCCAGUUUCAGUCUGAUUUUUCCCCGUAAAACCAGGCCAGGCUAGACCUGUCGCGCAAUAUCCCAACCACCUUUCGUGGAUUUUUUUUUUCCAGCCAAAAUAGUCUGGUGGCUUUAAGGGGAGAAAGAAAAGAAAAUCUGGGGAAAAAAACACAUAGACGCACUUUGGCGGAUUGUUUGCCGAACAUGACGAGAAGAUGUGGAGGAAGGUAUGAACCGACUGAUAAUGUGGAUCACCUCUGCCUCUAACAGAUGUGCAGUGAGGUGCCCUGGCUGCGGAUUCAACCUGCUCGGUCGUCGAUCUGUAGUAGGGGGGGGUGGUUAUUUUGGAGAAGUCGUGUGGAGCACAAAGAGCUGAUUAAAGCCGAGGACACAACAAGUUUCAGCCAUGCACCCCUUGUUCUGACAGAGGACUGAGGUGGGAGAGGAGCUGCGACACUGAGCUUUGUUUCUGACUUGUUUCUAUUUUAUUAUUAUUAUUUUUUUUCCCUGCCUAGACUUUCAGCACAACACAAAGUUGGACAAUACGGAGAAGUUUCCAGUCUUGUCAGUAACAAAAAACCCGCUGCGUAAAAGGAGCCGUAUCAGACUGGGGCUUUUGCGUUCACAGCCAUCUGAUCACUGCACUUAGCUCUUCAGUGUGUUUUCCUACCGCAGCGUGUUGACCACAGUGUGAGGCUCUCUGAACCGAAGUCCACUUUAAAUGCGGACUGGUCUGCGGUCAGUGAGUGCACAGCCGAGCCGCCGGUGCCACUUGCUUUUUAAUUCAAGGCAAAACCCAAGCAGUCGGUCCGUUUUUUAUCAUUUAGCGACACCACUAUGCAGCUGACAUACAGGAGCGUCGUCCUGCUGGGAUGCAUCUUCCUAAACUGGGUUUAUCUGGCUUCUGCGGAGGAAGAGGUCCUGAUGAACACUAAGACAGAGACUUCGGAUCUCAAAUGGACCAUCUUCUCGCAUGCCAAACCCGAGUGGGAGGAGGUGAGCGGUUUAGACGAGGAGAACAACAGCGUGAGGAUCUAUCAGAUCUGUCAGACUGACAGCUCGUCCAGCCACUGGCUGCGCAGCGGCUUCAUCCAGAGACAAGGAGCAUCUCAGGUUUACGUGGAGCUGCGGUUCACCAUGAUGGAGUGCUCUUCCAGGAGCACCCACCACCGCAGCUGUAAAGAGACCUUUAACCUCUACUACUACCAGGCUGACUCCAACGAGGCCACUGCCACGUACCCACCCUGGAUGGAGAACCCGUACACCAAGGUGGACACAGUGGCUGCAGACUUUCUAUUGAGGAAGGACGGGGAGCGGAAAUUUAAUGUGAAAACCUUAAGACUCGGCCCUCUCUCUAAGAGAGGCUUCUAUUUGGCUUUUCAGGCUCAGGGCGCCUGCAUGGCCCUGCUUUCCGUCAGGGUAUUCUUCAAAAAGUGUCCCCCUCUGGUCAGUGCUCUUUCCUCUUUCCCUGAGACUGUUCCCCGCACUCUUGUGCAAGAGGCACAGGGUAUGUGUGUGGAACAUGCUGCCCAGCAGGGGCCCCGACCUCGGCCCCCUAAGCUCUUCUGCGGGGAAGAUGGCCAGUGGGUGGGCCAGCCAACAACCUCCUGCGCCUGCCUACCAGGAUUUGAGCCCGCUGAGGGACACACACGAUGUACAGCCUGUCCUGUGGGUCAGUUCAAGUCGGGCAAGGACGGACAGUGCACAGCCUGUCCAGGAUUCAGCCACGCCACCAUCAGGGGGGCGUCAGUGUGUGCAUGUCGCUCUGGAUACCUACGCGCAGAAUCUGACAAUCCCGACACCCCGUGCACUAAACCUCCAUCUGCCCCGCGUAGCAUCAGCAGCCAUAUAAAUGGCACCACGCUCAUCCUGGAGUGGAACGAGCCUCUGGACAGCGGUGGCAGAACAGACCUGAGCUACGCUGUCAGGUGCUUUGUGUGCAGAUCACCCAAGGGACCGUGCCUCACCUGCGGAGACAGCGUCAGCUACCGGCCAGCGCAGUUCGGCCUGCUGGGUCGCAAGGUGGAGGUGUGGGGACUGCUGCCGCACACCAUGUACACCGUUACUAUCCAGGCGCUCAAUGGGGUGUCUCAGCUCAGCGGCAAGGACCCUGCCAGUGAAAGUGUCAACAUCACCACAAGCCAUGACGUGCCAUCACUGGUGUCUGUGAUUCAGAAGAGUGACUCCACAGAGAGCAGUCUGACUCUGCACUGGUCAGUCCCAGCUCAGCAGCACUACCCCAUCCUGCAGUAUCAGCUACGCUACUGUGAGAAGGAGCGACGUAGUGAAGAUCAGUGCCACUACACAGAGAGCAACAGAAACCAGGCUGUGCUGACAGACCUCCGCAGGGCCACUCAGUAUGAAGUGCAGGUUCGGGCGCGCACCACGGCUGGUUAUGGCAGCUUCAGUCCUGCAGCCAUCUUCCGCACCCUGCCUGAUGGACACGACUCCUCCCAGUUCUUGGUACCUGGCAUCCUUAUCGCUGUUGGGAUGCUGCUGCUUGUCACUUUCAUCUUUGUGGCCGCUUACUGCAUACGCAGGCACAGCCGAAUAAAGGAUCCAGAAUUGAGCGACAAAAACAGCCAGUACCUUGUUGGCCAAGGGGUCAAGGUUUAUAUCGACCCCUUCACCUAUGAGGACCCUAAUGAGGCGGUGCGAGAGUUUGCUAAGGAAAUCGAUGUUUCCUUUGUCAAGAUUGAGGAGGUUAUCGGUGCUGGAGAGUUUGGGGAAGUGUGUCGGGGGCGGCUGAGGGUCCCAGGGAAAAAAGAAAACUACGUGGCGAUAAAGACGCUAAAGGGAGGCUACACUGACAAGCAAAGACGAGACUUCCUGUCUGAGGCCUCCAUCAUGGGCCAAUUCCAGCACCCUAACAUCAUCCACCUGGAGGGGAUCAUCACGGCCAGCUGUCCGGUCAUGAUCCUCACAGAGUUUAUGGAGAACGGAGCUCUGGACUCUUUCCUGCGGCUGAACGACAGCCAGUUCACUCCCAUCCAGCUGGUGGGUAUGCUGCGCGGCAUCGCCUCUGGCAUGAAGUACCUGGCAGAGAUGAGCUACGUCCACCGAGACCUGGCUGCCCGCAACAUUCUGAUCAACAGCAACCUGGUGUGCAAGGUGUCCGACUUCGGCUUGUCACGCUUCCUGCAAGAGAACUCUUCUGACCCGACAUACACCAGCUCUCUGGGAGGUAAGAUCCCAAUCCGCUGGACAGCACCGGAGGCGAUAGCCUUCAGAAAGUUUACCUCGGCCUCGGAUGUGUGGAGCUAUGGCAUUGUUAUGUGGGAGGUCAUGUCUUUUGGAGAGAGACCGUACUGGGACAUGAGCAACCAGGAUGUAAUCAAUGCCAUAGAGCAGGACUACCGGCUACCCCCGCCCCCUGACUGCCCCACCCACCUGCACCAGUUAAUGCUGGACUGCUGGCAGAAAGACCGCUCGGCGCGCCCUCGCUUCACGGACCUGGUCAGCGCCCUGGACAAGCUGAUCCGCAAUCCUGCGUCACUGAAAAUAGUUGCACAAGAAGGAGCAGGGCCGUCCUACCCCCUGCUGGACCAGCGUGCACCUUUGUCCCUCUCGUCGUGUGCUUCAGUGGGGGAAUGGCUGAGGGCCAUCAAGAUGGAGCGCUACGAAGACAGCUUCCUGCAGGCCGGCUUCAACUCAGUGGACCAGCUGGCCCAGAUCACCACACAGGAUCUUCUGCACAUGGGAGUGACUUUGGCCGGGCACCAGAGGAAAAUUCUUUCCAGCAUCCAGACGAUGACCUUUCGGAACAAGAGCACUGCAACUGUGACCUUCUAGCUCACCUGUCUCCAAACCUGGAUGUGAACACCAGCACACAGGUGCAGCCAUGUACUGAGAGCACUCUGGAUCCUCUCCUGUGACCCACUUUGAACACGGACUCCCAAGAGAGACUGGCAGAAUUUAUUCAUGCCCAGGAAAAAAAAAAAAAACAUAAAAAUUCAGCGGCUUAAGAUGAAUUUCCCAUGAGGAUGAGAAAGUCGUCCGGAGACUGGCGAGUCCCUGUCACCCACAGUGACCAGAGGGUGUGCAGACUGUCUCACUCUGCCUCAUUUUUACAGGUUGUGCUCAGUGUUUUUAUAUCUACCAGGUUAGGGUUAGGACCCGAUAAAUGUACUAAACCAAGAGGAGAGGCGGAUCAGAGUUUACAAAGUUCCUGUAUUAUCACGUCAUUUUGAAAACUGGCAUGUGACGGGUUGCUGACCCCAUAAAAUGUCGCUUCACCAAAGGAGACUAAAAGAAAUGCUGGUGCCAGUUCAAGGAAUCAGUUUUCAUAUUGUUGUAUAAUUACGAAUGAGAACUCCUUUCACUCUGGGUGUCUUGCAUUAAAUCCAUCUGGAUUACAUCACUAAAUAGGCACCUUUCACAUUAAGACUGAACAUUUUAACUGUUGGAUUUUACUUCUUUUUUUUUUUAUCCAUUUGAUUUCAACAUUACCUCCUCUUUACUCAGGUGUGAUGUGUAAUGCAGACUUUGGAGAGUGCUGUACUCGUCCUAAUCAUGCUUCUCUCAUGUUCCUCGGUCUGGCUCUCCCCUCACCAGCUCAGCAAUGUGUGAGGAGAGGAGAGACGCAGAGACAUAUCAGCACUUUUGUCAUUUCAGAGUGAAUUGUAAUCUUCAGUAACUCCAAUGCGUUUCUCUUGGAGUGUGGUUAGUUAUUUCCACUGCCCGUGUUUUCUGCCGGCAGCUCAGUUUUAUUAUAGUCAGACUGAACAAGGACCAAGUGGACUCAGAGACCAGAGAACACUGUAGAAUUGGUUUUCUUUGUAGAAAUUUACCAAGGACGCAAUCUGGCCUCAAACCUGUUUUUGUCGAUAUAACUGAUACAAUUUUUAAUUCUUUUUUCUCCAUCUUCCAGUGCCAAUCACUCAUCUUUGUGGACUUAAAUGCCAAUUUUAUAAAGCAGAAAUCUCUCAUGGGUGAUUCAACUUUGUCUCAUUUAAAUGUUACUUUAAAGGGUUACUUUGACAUUUGGAAUUUCACUGUAUUUUCUCCUUCACCAGAUGCUUGUUGUGUAGUCGGCAAAAUGUUCAUUUGCCCAGCAAGCUGCACAAAAAAAAACAAAAAAAAAAACGGUUCCUUAACAUUUAGCAUCGCAAACAACACACAGCCAACGGGCUAGCUUGCGGCCCCGGCGGUAUCCAUUGGUUUCCAAGUGGAAUGCUAACAACAUUGUUGAGCUCCUGUUUGAUUAGCGGAGCGGCCACCCCCUCACAUUAUUACAUGUGCUUGUUGAAGAAGAAUAAUGGACUGGAGUUCAAAAUGUCAAAGUAUUUCUCAAAGACUCUGCAUCUCUUGAAGGAUAAUACCAGCCUUUUUGACAUUUUGGGUCAUGUAUAAUUUUCAGCAGGUAGCUCACAGACCUGCAGUGGAUCAGGAAAAUGGAGCUUUCACAGCCACUAAAACAACUAUGUUGGAUAUAAAAUGCUUUUUUCUAAAUAGUU